AUGUCCACCGGAUCGGUCUCAGCGAUGCGAACGGUCUACGCAGCUGAGUUCAGACCGACUAUUUCCGUUUGCAGACAGCAAGUGAGAGGAACGCCAAUUGACAAAAAAAGCGCACGUGCUAUCGCUGCUCACGUCACCUUGGAGCUUACGGCUAUUGACAAAUGGUGUUUUCUAGCCGAUGGAGGGAACCACCAGAGACGAUGCUUCCGUUCGAGUGCAGCCGCACCAGCGUUCUACUGUACCCGACUUGCGGGUGAAAGUCUUAGCACCCUACCUGACUACCUAUGCGAGUAUGGUCGCCAGGCAAGUAAUCGUGGGAGUGUUAAUAUGUACUAUUUCGAAAGAACGAAAAUGAGGGUCAACGAGCUAAUCCAGCCAACCUCUGACAGGAAUAUCUACUUCAACACGCUUAAGGCGCCAUUCGCUUUGGCACUUGGUUUACCAUGGUACAAUUUGGUGCAGCCAAAAGCAUUCCAAGGCCGGCUGACCUGCUGA